UGGAACCUUUUCGCCAUGGCCGAGCCAGAAAGGCCGAUGAAGCGCAUUUUGGUGACCGGCGGCUCCGGGCUGGUGGGGAAAGCCAUAGGCAAGCUGGUAGCAGAAGGCGGGGCCGGGCGACCUGAUGAGGUGUGGAUCUUCUUGUCCUCCAAAGACGGUGAUUUAACGGAUGCGGGACAGACCAAAGCCAUCUUUGAGAGGCUCCAACCCACCCACGUCAUUCACCUGGCGGCCAUGGUGGGCGGUCUCUUCCGGAACAUCAAAUACAACCUGGAUUUCUGGAGGAAUAACGUCCACAUUAAUGACAAUGUCCUGCAUACGGCAUAUGAGUUUGGCGUUCAGAAAGUGGUCUCCUGCCUCUCUACUUGCAUAUUCCCAGACAAGACCACCUACCCUAUCGACGAAACCAUGAUCCACAAUGGGCCCCCCCACGACUCCAAUUUUGGAUAUUCUUAUGCGAAGAGGAUGAUAGACGUCCAAAACAGAGCCUAUUUUGCCCAGUAUGGGUGUUGCUUCACGGCUGUCAUCCCCACCAAUGUCUUCGGGCCUCACGACAACUUCAACAUCGAGGACGGGCACGUCCUGCCGGGCCUCAUCCACAAAGCGUACUUGGCAAAAAAAAACGGCACGCCCUUGACGGUCUGGGGGACAGGAAAGCCCCGGAGGCAGUUCAUAUACUCUCUGGUAAGCUUUAGUAAAAACAACAGAUUUAUUAAACUACAGCACCACCAAAGAGACGGAGAAGAAACAAAAAUGCACCAGCAAAUUGGAGAAGAGGAUGAAGUCUCUAUACGGGAAGCAGCGGAGUGCAUUGUGGGAGCCAUGAACUUCAAAGGAGAGCUCCACUUUGACACAACCAAGUCGGACGGGCAGUUCAAGAAGACGGCGAGCAACGCCAAACUGAAGAAAUACUUGCCGGACUUCCAGUUCACCCCGUUCCCUCAAGCCGUGAAGGAGACGUGCGACUGGUUCUGCGCCAAUUACGACACCGCCAGGAAGUGAGGAAGGGGGUCGGUGGGGUCAGGACCAAGGGCCGCCACCGCUGCUGUCCUCAUUCUGUCGGCAAACUCAGGGGUUUCCUUUGCUGCAUCAAAGAAUUUGAAUAAAUAUGGGCAUUGGGGGGGGGAUUUGGAAGGGUGUUUGAGGUGGUAGGUGUUUGAGAAACAGAGCAAACUUCUCUUUGGGGGGGUCAGUCCUUUGCCGCACUGUGCUCUCAGAGGUGGUGGUGAGGGCUGAAUCAAACACAAUCAGUCUUCGAGCUUCUCCCCCCUCCCCAAAUUUGUAGCCGGCCCAGAAGUCACAACUCCUGUCCCUUAGCACAAUGUCAAUGUCGUCGUCUUUUUGGGAGAGCGUCGCUAGCUUGGCUUCCUGUUGGAGCUUGGCUUCCCGUUUGGUGUUGUGGUGAAGUGCGUGGACUCCAGUCAGGGAGAACCGGGUUUGA